AUGAAUAGCAAGAUUAGAAGAACUUCUGAAGAAUUGGUUGGAAUAGAUGAUCAGAAGAACAUGAUUUUGGGUAUGAUUAAGCAAGAAGAGAGUCGUGUAAUAGGACUGUGGGGAAUGGGUGGUAUAGGCAAAACAACCCUUGCUGAUGUUGUUUAUAAGGAAGCCUCUCCAAACUUUGGAUCUCGUUGCUUUCUUCAAAAUGUAAGUGAGAAAAUAAAAAACCAAGGGUGGGUAACUUUACGAAAUGAGCUUCUUUCCAAGCUCUUAAAUGAAAAGGAAAUUCGUAUUGACACCAUUUCGAUAGAAUAUCCUUACCAAGAGAGGCUGAACAAUAAGAGAGUAAUUGUUGUCCUUGAUGAUGUUAGUGACCAGGACCAUAUAGAUUACAUGGGUGUUAAACAUUUUGGUCCUGGAAGUAAAAUUGUUGUAACAUCUAGAGACAGACAAGUACUUAAGAAUGGAGAAGCUAACAUAAUACAUGAGGUAAACAAGUUAAAUAGGGUCGACUCUCUUCAACUUUUUUCUACAUUUGCAUUUAAGCUGUUGAAUCCUACUGUUGAUUUUCAAGAUCUAUCGAACAAGUUUGUAAACUACGCCCAAGGCAAUCCACUUGCUCUUAAAGUUUUGGGUUCUAAACUCUAUACAAAGCCUAAAAGAGAGUGGGAAAGCGAGGCGGAUAAGCUAAAGGAGUAUGGCCAACCACAAAUUUCACAGAUUUUGAAGAGUAGCUUUGAUGGACUGGACGAAUUAGAGAAGAAUAUAUUUCUUGACAUAGCAUGCUUCCUUAAACGGAAAGACCGAUAUGAGAUAGAAGAAAUUCUAAAGAUGGGCAAUGACAUUGUUCGCCAAGAAUGUAAAGACCCUACAAAGUGCAGUAGGUUAGGGAAUCCUAAAGACGUGGUUCAAGGGACUGACUUGAUUGAAGGAAUAAAGUUAGACAUGAGUCAAAUUGGUAACCUAAAGUUUCGUCCUACUGUUUUUGAGAAGAUGCAUAAUCUUAGAUAUAUUCACUUCUAUUUUCCUCCGUUUAGUGCUGCGAGACAUGCAGACCAAGUUGAUUAUAAGAAACUAUAUGCAGACGGAGUUGAUAGUAUAUAUCUUCCUGAUGAGCUAAGGGUUCUCCAUUGGCCUAAUUAUCCCUUCAAAUCUUUAUCAAGUUUUAAUCCACAUAAUCUUGUCGUGUUGGAAUUAACACGUGGCAACAUAGAACAACUAUGGAAUGAAGAUGAUCAUCUGGAUCCUGCCAAUUUAAGGAAAAUAAACGUGUCUUAUUGCAAGAAUUUAAGGAAGAUCCCGAAUCUAAUAGGAGCCAUCAAUCUCAAAAGCCUAAUCUGUACGGAGUGUAGAAGCUUGGUUGAAUUUCCUUGCCUCAAUCAUUUGGCAUCUCUUGAAACCCUUCAACUUGAGGGAUGUCUUAAUCUCAAGAAGUUUCCUGAGGUCCCAACUCACUUUUCUACCUUAUAUUUGGGACAAACUGGAAUAGGAGAAGUUCCUGAUUCAAUUGAGAAAUUCCUUGGGACUUAA